GUUGAUUGCUCGUAACAGUUUGCCUCCCAAGAAAAAAUGGCGAUGGCUUCGUGCCCGGCCGGUGCACCGCGUUUUUCGUUCACGUGUCGCCCUAAGAUCCAUCCUCGCGUUCAUUUUAUAUCAUAUUCCAAUGCUCGCCGCCGUAAUAUUCUUGCUGCGAGGGCUCACGUGGUUUCCGAGGAGAAAUCCACAUCGCAGGACCGAAUGCUGGUCUUUGUGCCUCCGCAUCCAUUGAUCAAGCAUUGGGUUUCAUUUCUAAGGAAUGUACAAACUCAUUGUCCUAUAUUUAGGAAUGCAAUGGCUGAGUUGGGGAGGCUACUUUUGUAUGAAGCUUCGAGGGAUUGGUUGCCUAUUGUCAAUGGGGAAAUUCAAUCACCAAUGGGUGUUGCCUCAGUUGAGUUCAUAGAUCCGAGGGAGCCAAUGGUGGUAGUUCCAAUCCUAAGAGCUGGUCUAGCUCUUGCAGAACACGCGUCUUCUAUAUUGCCAGCAACAAAAACAUACCAUCUGGGGUUAAGCAGAGAUGAAGAGACACUUCAGCCUUCAAUAUAUCUGAACAAGUUACCUGACAAAUUUCCUGAAGGGUCUCGAGUAUUUGUAGUUGAUCCCAUGCUGGCAACAGGCGGCACGAUUGUAGCAGCUCUCAACCUCUUAAAGGAGCGUGGGAUUGAUAACAAUCAAAUUAGAGUGAUUUCAGCUGUUGCCGCCCCUCCAGCUCUUCAAAAGCUCAGUGAGAACUUCCCUGGGCUUCAUGUUUACACUGGAAUCAUUGAUCCCACAGUCGAUGACAAAGGGUUCAUAAUUCCGGGACUUGGAGAUGUUGGAGACCGUAGCUACGGUACUUGAAUUCACCAAAAUGUCUAUCCAGCCAAUGCUUGUUACCUCAUGCAAUUUUGACAUAUUGGACAAUUACUAAAAUCUUGCUGAGUUUCUAUGUUUGAUCAGCGAACUUGCUUUACAAA